AAGUAGCUACUUCCGUCUUUAGCCUUCUCCCUUCAAGCUGAAAAAUGACGGCGACCUUGCGUCCAUAUCUCAAUGCUGUGCGUUCCACGCUGCAGGCCGCUCUGUGCCUGGAGAAUUUUUCCUCACAAGUGGUGGAAAGACACAACAAACCAGAGGUGGAAGUCAGGAGCAGUAAAGAGUUGCUCCUCCAACCUGUAAUCAUCAGCCGAAACGAGAAGGAGAAGGUCCUGAUCGAGGGCUCCAUCAACUCUGUCAGGGUCAGCAUCGCCGUCAAGCAGGCUGAUGAGAUCGAGAAGAUCCUGUGUCACAAGUUCAUGCGUUUUAUGAUGAUGAGAGCAGAAAACUUCUUUAUCCUGAGGAGGAAACCAGUGGAGGGUUACGACAUCAGUUUCCUCAUCACCAACUUCCACACUGAGCAGAUGUACAAGCAUAAACUAGUGGAUUUCGUCAUUCAUUUUAUGGAAGAAAUCGACAAGGAAAUCAGUGAAAUGAAGCUGUCUGUCAAUGCCAGGGCUCGAAUYGUCGCUGAGGAGUUCCUCAAAAACUUCUGAGAGAGAGAGAGGAAACCCAGGAAUACAUUCCAUUUUGCAAUUUUGGCCAUCACUGUGGAGCAUUCACAUAGAUCAGAUCAUCGCCUGUGUGAUCAGACAAGAGAAGAAACGUGUUGUGCAGUAAGACUGUACAGACCAAUAGGGUGCAAGCCUUUAACCUGAAAAGUGCUCAAAUUAUUGACGUUUGUACAUUAGGAAUAUUCAGAGCAGACAUUUAAAAUUUGCCUUUGGAACAUUAAAGGUCAAGGCAGACCUUAGGAAAAAAUAAAUAUUUGCCAUCAAUAUUACUGAGCACAGGAAUUUUUUAAAAGAUAAUUUAACUGUUUUUAAAGUUCUAUAUACAUAGAUAUAUUAUAUGCACAUGGAUUUCUAUUUGCUGUGUUUUGUUACCACAAAACUUUAACUAUGAAGGCAAUCAAUUGUUUUUCUUUUUCCACAACACAAUGAAAMUGAACGAGCUUACUUAGAGCCAAGGAAUAAUAAUAAAAAAAACGUUGUAUAUUUUGCAUUUAAGCGACUCUUUUUUUAAUGUUGUCACAAUUCAACAAAUUUCUGUUUACUAUGAUUAAAUAUUUAGACAUUCACAGAUGAUGAUUUCACAUUGAUAUACAAUGUAUAUUAUUACAUGUAACACAGGUARGUUUAAACAUUAGUAACAGGUCUAGCCUACACAGAGUACCUUAUUUCAUAAGCUUAAGAAAAAAAGUUUUGUUGUAGAAAGUCUGACUUAAAAAAAACCCUGCAGUACGAACACGACUUAAAGACUUAUUGCAUUUUUACCUGAUUAAA